UUCAAUCAACCUCCUCCUCUCCCUCUCUUGUUUAUAUAUAUACACACAGCUCAUUCUAGUUUAUUCAUCUACAACAAUACACUUCACUUCAUUUCCAAGCAAGAAACAUUUCUCUUUUUUAAGAAACUUCAAUAAAAAAAUCCAGCUUUCGACAAAGAUGAAAUCGAAGCAGAACCGGUUCUUGAGGAUCAUCGCGGUUCCGGUUCGGGCCCUGAGCAGGGCCAGGGAUUUCUACGUGAGGAGCCUGUCAGACUACGCGGACAAGAUGAACUACGGCAGUGCCAUGGCGAUCCCGGUGACGUCGCAAGUGACGUCGCUGCCGAGGAGCUUCAGCGUCAGCUCGGGCAGGUCUGAGGCCGAGCCGGAUCUGGUUCGGGCCUCGUCGACCCGGAGCAUGGGUGAUCGGGCCGAGGUGGAGUCGUUCAUCAAGCAGCAGAUGAAGAUGAGGGCAGGGCUGGCUGCAGGGGCCCGGUCUGGCCCGCAUAGGAUGCCGCCGAGGAGCAGCAGCGUUGCGAUGGGGAGGAUCGAUGAAGAUAGGGCGUGUGUCUAUUUUGGGGAAGAAGAUGUUAGUACCAAGUUUCCAAGAAGCAGAAGCCAUGCUGUCUCUGCAAGAAGAUUGCAAGCCUUUUGAAUUUUUUCUAUUUUUUAUUGGUUUGGAAAAGAUUGUUGCAUAAUUGUUGUAACAAAAAAGAUGUGUUGGUAUAUAGAAUGGAGAAAGGAAAUGCUUUAAAUUUAA